AUGGCGUCGCCGGCGCAGUUUAGCCCAGGCCCCGGCGCUAUCCUGCGCCGCCCCCACCUCCUCCGUUCCGCUCCUCAGGAGGUCUCAGGUCCUCCGCCAGACACGUUACCGCAUCGGCGGUCGCAGGUUCAACCGUCGGUGGAGGAGAAGACGGAGGUCUUCAACAAGAUCCUGGAGGUUCCUAAAGAGGAGAGGGAUCGGGUCCUACGGCUGCAGGUGAUCGAUCGCGCCUCGGCGGCGAUCGCGGCCGCGAGAGCGCUGGUCAAGGAGGAGACUGCGAAACGUAAGGGAUCGGAUGAUGGCGGUGGAUUGAGAUCGGGCGGUCGGAGUUCCGGCGGAGCAAGAGAAACGAAUCAAGGUUUGCAGGCUGCGACACCAUUUCUUCAUCGAUCAAGAGGUGCAGAACAUGUGACUCCUGGUCCUGAUUUUUGGUCAUGGUCCCCUCCUCAGGGCAGUCAAAAUAAAUCAAUCGAUGAUGCCACUGGCUUACAGCCAGCAAAGAAAUCAAGCCCACAUCCCCAUCCAUCUAGUUCAUUGCUAGAGAAAGAGAAAUCUUUAGAUAUUUUACCACUUCCUUUCGAGAGCACCCUUACUGAAAAUGACCAUAAACUUCCUCUACCACCUCUUCAAUCAUUUCUGGAGGUUGAGAAAAUAAAGACAGAGAAUUCCUUGUCAGAUCUCUCAACCACAGCAGACGAAGAAGAUAAGCUUGGUGUUCUUUUCUCAGCGCAUGCAGUAGAAGCUGCCGAAGCCCUAAGUAAGAGUGAUGAAACAGCUCCACAUGGAGUAAAAUCAGAUGGUACAAAGUGGUGGAAAGAGACAGGUAUUGAAAAGAGGCCAGAUGGGGUUGUUUGCAAGUGGACAUUGGUUCGAGGGGUCAGUACUGAUGGAAGUGUCGAGUGGGAAGACAAGUUCUGGGAGGCCUCUGAUCAGUUUGAUUAUAAGGAACUUGGUUCAGAAAAAUCUGGACGUGAUGCUGCUGGAAAUGUUUGGCGAGAGUAUUGGAAGGAAUCAAUGUGGAAGGAUCAUAAUACAGGGCUGGUGCAUAUGGAGAAGGCUGCGGACAAGUGGGGCAAGAACGGCUAUGGUGGUGAGUGGCAUGAAAAAUGGUGGGAACACUAUGAUGCCUCUGGCCAAGCUGAGAAAUGGGCCCAUAAAUGGUGCUCCACAGAUCCCAACAUACCGCUAGAGGCUGGCCAUGCUCAUGUCUGGCAUGAGAGGUGGGGUGAGAAGUAUGAUGGCCAAGGUGGCAGCGUGAAGUACACCGACAAAUGGGCAGAACGAUCUGAAGGCAACUAUAAAUGGUCAAAAUGGGGAGAUAAGUGGGAUGAACACUUUAAUCCUAACGGGCAUGGAGUUAAGCAAGGGGAGACAUGGUGGGAAGGUGAGCACGGAGAGAGGUGGAACCGCACGUGGGGCGAGCAGCAUAAUGGGUCGGGUUGGGUUCAUAAGUACGGGAAGAGCAGUUCUGGCGAGCACUGGGAUACACAUGAACAACAGGAGACUUGGUACGAAAGGCAUCCUCAUUUUGGGUUUGAGCAUUGCUUUGAGAACUCUGUACAGCUUCGAGAAGUAAAGAAGCCGCCCAAAGAUGUAUAGAUCUCUAACCUUUUCCCUGUCCUUCCAGUGAGGUAAGUUUCAUGGUUUAGUAGUAUAUUUUCUUGAAUUGCCGUGUUAUUAGCCGUUUAGUUCAGUUUUGUAUAUAAUAAUGCAGUAGCAUCCUAAAAUCUCUCUCUCAAAAACAUGAUAUUUCUGAUAA